CAAUUUAAUGUAACAAUUAAUCUCAUAUGAGGACUUUAGGUGAGUAAGGGAAACCAGUGAUGAUAAACGGCUCUCAGUUUGUCCCUGUCAAGUGUCUCUCUGUUCACGGCGUCGCCUUCUUGGCGGAUGUAAUGGUGUUUCUUGGCGUUCGGACCCAUGAGCAGCAGUAAUGUCGAUAAAUGAUGGGUGGCGGCGUGGUGUUGAUAUUUUGUUGGGCUUCUCACCUAAUUGCAGAUGCGGUGGCGGGGAGGAAGGUCGCCGGUGAACCGGCGGAGCUCCUGCUCGACGGGGGCUUGGUCAUGCCGGACUCCAACGCCUUCGGCAACACCUUCAGAGACGUCAUUCUUAACGUGCAGGAACUACGACGCGGAGUCGGAGCGGAAGAAGACGGUGGAGGAGUUCUACCGCGUGAACCACAACAACCAGACCUACGGCUUCGUGGCGCGGAUGUGGGCGGAGUACGGGCGGCUGGACAAGACGGAGAUGAGCGUCUGGGAGUGCAUGGAGCUGCUCAACGAGUUCAUCGACGACAGCGAUCCCGACCUCGACAUGCCGCAGAUCGAGCACCUCCUCCAGACCGCCGAGGCCAUCCGCAAGGACUACCCCGACGAGGACUGGCUCCACCUCACCGGCCUCAUCCACGACCUGGAGAGCUUCCUCGGUGGGCAGUCGUUGGUGACACCUUCCCCGUGGGCUGCGCGUACGACGAGUGCAACGUUCACUUCAAGCACUUCAAGGAGAACCCUGACUACCACAACCCCAGGUUCAACACCAAGUUCGGGGCCUACUCCGAGGGCUGCGGCCUCGACAACGUGUUCAUGUCAUGGGGCCAUGACGAUUACAUGUACCUGGUGGCCAGGGAGAACAAGAAAGAGCACCCUUCCUUCCGCUGGGCUGUUCAUCAUCAGAUAUCACUCAUUCUACCGUAGGCUCCUCAUCCUUUUGUGUGGCCAAGUUCAGAAAGUUUUCUUUUUAAAUAAACGGAUUCAGAGGUCACUAGUAAGCUUACUGAAAUUUUUCAUGCAUUUUCGAUGCGGUUCAGCGCUGCACAACCAUGGAGCCUACAUGCACCUGAUGAAUGAUGAGGACAAGGAGAACCUCAAGUGGCUCCAUGUGUUCAAUUUUUGCAGCAAGUAUGACCUGUACAGCAAAAGCAACGUCAGGAUAGACGUAGAGAAGGUGAAGCCCUACUACAUGUCGCUCGUCGACAAGUACUUCCCGGCGAAGAUGAGAUGGUGAAGACAGAGGAACCCAAGAGUUGUUUGAAGCUGUCAUGUACCAUAGGUCAUAUAUAUAGUAUGUAUCAUGUAUGAACAUUUCAUACCCGAGUUGAUCGAGUGUACUCAUUUUGUAUUGUGCAGAUCAGAGCUCCAUGAGGGCCAUGCAUUCCGAAUAAAAGUGCCAUUGUGUGUUCUA